AUGCCAUCCAUACAACGGCUGCUACUUGCUACGCUCGUUGCGACGACAGCGCUCUUCCCAGUUGGCACGGCGGCACGGCGGAUCACGAAACAAGAAAUCCACGCACGCCAGGUUGAAGCAGCGAAACGGUGGCAUAUCAAUGGCCCUGUGAGACGCGAGGAUACUGCAACGAGAGCUGCAGUCAGGAAUAUCACGUUUUCCAACCCCAAGGCAUCCGAGUUCUACGUCGACGGAACGAGCAUCCCCGAGGUUGACUUCGACAUCGGGCCGAGUUGGUCAGGUCUUCUGCCUAUCAGCGGCGACCAGAACGAGACGCGAAAGCUCUUUUUCUGGUUCUUCCCACCUGGACCGCAAGGUUCUCUGGAUGACUUGAUCUUCUGGACAAAUGGUGGGCCGGGUUGUUCGUCGUUAGAAGGGCUUCUACAGGAGAACGGCCCUUUUCAAUGGCAAUGGGGUCAAGCAAAACCUACCGUCAAUGAGUUUAGCUGGACGAAUCUCUCCAGUGUUUUGUGGGUCGAGCAGCCUGUUGGGACGGGGUUUUCGCAGGGAAGGCCGAAUAUUCAAAAUGAGGACCAGCUCGCUGCACAGCUUGUUGGAUUCCUGCAACAAUUCCUGGAAGUGUUCUCGGAGUUGAAGGGCAAGAAAUUCUAUCUUUCGGGUGAGAGUUACGCUGGAACCUACAUCCCAUACAUCGCGAACUACAUUUAUGAGCACCCUGGCGAGCUUAAUCUCAAUCUGCAAGGAACAUGGAUCGCAGAUCCUUCGCUCUCUUGGGAUGUCGUGCAAGAACAAAUCCCAGCAGUCGGCUUUGUGCACAAAUACGAGCACGUUUUCGCAUUCAACCAGACGUUCAUGGCCCAGCUCGAUGACAUCGCAGAGCGAUGCAACUACACUGGCUACGUGGAGAAGUUCGUCACCUACCCGCCGUUAGGCCUCCUUCCACUACCAGGCAGGUCGACCUUCGCGGACAGAGGCUGCGACGUGUGGGAUAUGAUCUUCGAUGCUGCCCUUCUCGUCAACCCUGCUUUCAACAUUUAUCGCAUUUUCGACACGUAUCCUAUCUUGUGGGACGUCCUUGGAUUCCCAGGCUCCUUCCCUCAGCAGCAGACCCCGCUCUACUUCAACAGGACUGACGUCAAGCAAGCCAUCCACGCCCCGCUGAGCACGAGCUGGGAGGAGUGCUCCAACAUCAACGUCUUCACGGGCCGAGGGGACCAGAGCUUGCCACCGGCAUUCACCGUGCUGCCCAACGUCGUUGAGAAGAACAACAGGACUGUCAUCGUGCAUGGUUUGGCCGAUUUCAUCCUCAUUGCUGAAGGAACGAGAAUCGUCAUCCAAAACAUGACAUGGAACGGACUGCAAGGUUUCCAAUCACCAAUUGCAAACGACAGCUUCAUCGUCGAUGGUGUUGGAGCAUUAGGCACUGCACACCUCGAACGUGGGCUGGCGUAUGUUGAGGUCGAACUAAGCGGGCAUAUGGUUCCACAAUUCUCGCCUGUGGCUGCCUUUCAACUGAUGCAAUACUUGAUGGGGUUCCGAGAGAGCAUUUGA